AUGGCACCCGACGUGCGGCAUGCCGUGGUAGCCAAGGAGGAGGACUGCUGCCAGACGCAGCUGCCCCUCAAUGAAAACGACUCCCAGGACAUGGUCCUCUUUGAGGUCCUCUCCGAGGCGUCCGCUAUGGCCUCCUCCUCCUCAUCCGCCGCCUCCUCCGCCGUGGAGCAACCGUCGUUGUCUUUUCCGGCUGCGGCAGGCGACGCGGGCUUCAUCUGCAACUGUGCCCGGCCGACGGGGCACUUCAGGAAGUACCGGGGGGUGCGGCGGCGGCCGUGGGGCAAGUUCGCGGCGGAGAUCCGCGACUCGUCCCGGAACGGCGCCCGCCUCUGGCUCGGCACGUUCGACACGGCGGAGGCGGCUGCGGUGGCCUACGACCGGGCGGCAUUCCGGAUGCGGGGCGCCAAGGCUCUGCUUAAUUUCCCGCCCGGCUUCUCCUUCGUGGGGGGCGCCGCGAUCGGCGACGUGGGAGCUGCCUUAAGAGGCGACGGCGCCGGAACCGGCGUGCUUAGAGCCUCUGAAUCAUUCGAGGGUGCCGAGAGUGUCACCAACAGGCAAUUCACGAGUCAUGGUUCAUGAAUCAUGAAGCUUCCCUACGUAGCAGUAGGAAAGCUUCUCGGUGUAUAAGGUGAGACAUUGGAGAUGAAGAGUGAUUUAGCAGUAGGACGCGAGAGAUUUUAUAGAGAGAUUGCUAUUUGGUAGGCUGUUCCGAUAUCCUCUGUCCUCGUAUUGAGGCCACUUCUGACCACUCUGCUCUCGACUCCAAUCUUAAUUCCAACGUAGAUGCUGGGUGAUGUUCUUCAAUUUUCCUCAAGGAUCAGCCUUAUAUAUUGAAUUCUUA